AUGAAUAACAAUCAGUCACAGAUGAUGAACAUGAGCCAGCCGUUGAUUAAUCCGUACACACGUGUUGCUGCGGGAGGCGGUUACGGCGGCGCGUGGAUGCACGCGCCGGUAGAUCAGGUCCAGUUUAUUAACCAGCAAAAUAUCAAGGCAUCUGGAUAUGUUACGUCACGUAACAACAACAAAAAUUGGAAGGCUAAAAAAGGAGGAUAUAAUUUACCUUCGUUAAAGGAAUUACAGCAACAGAAUAGGUUAAAAGCGAAAAGAUAUAUCAGUAAAAAGAAGUUUAAUUACAGUAGUAGUAAAUCAGCUCCGUUUGCUCCUAGGAACACGACGUCGUUUUUAAUUCGUGCUAAAAAGGCUGGAGGAAUUACUGAUUUGGUGUCGCCUUGUCCGGUGACGCCUGCGGUGUUGCCUACGCCGAUAUUUUCGCCAUCUAGGGAGGUUUUAGUUGAUAUGGCCAAGGAAGAAUGGGGUGUGGAUGGGUAUGGGUCAAUGAAAGGGUUAAUUAGGCUUAGAUCGUCGGGAAAUGAUGACGACGAAGAGGGCGGGUCGAGUGAGAGCGAUGUGGAGGAGCAUGUGGAAGUUGAGAGGAGACUGGAUCAUGAUUUGAGUAGGUUUGAGAUGAUUUAUCCGAAUUACGGUAGUUAUAAUCUGGAGAAUCGAGUGGAUGAUCAGGAUACGCAUAUUGCGCAACUGGAAGAAGAGAAUUUGAUGUUGAAAGAGAGAUUGUUUUUCAUGGAAAGGGAGUUUGGGAAUUUGAGGAGAAGGUUGCAGAGUUUGGAAAUGAAGAGUCAGCAGGGAGGACAAGGGUUUGUGGAGAACGAUUCCGAGAACGAUAGUGGGAGUCGUGGUUUUGGCAGGUCGAUUGAUGAAAGUAAUGAGCCUUUGGAAGAUAAUAAUGAAGUGAACCAGUGUUCUGAUGGAGUUAAGGAUGGUAAGGAUAGUAACGAAUCUAAUAAAGUUGAAAAUGGUUUGCAGGGAAUGGAUGUGAUGAAAGGUGUAGCCGAUGUUCGUCUGGAAGAGAACGUGGUGAAAAAUGAUGAAAAUGUGGAUGCUGAAGCUACUAGUGGUAAAAUGGAAGAUGAAAAUGCGAAUGUUGAUAGCUAUGUGGAUUAA